AUGCAAACAUAUUCAUAUUUUAAUGAAAAUAUUUCACAUAAUAUCUCAUGUAAUGAAUGUUCACUAAAUUCAAUCGAUUAUAAUACUCUAAAAAAUAUUCAAUUUAAAGAAGAUUUUGAAAAACGUUAUCAAUUAUCAUAUAAAAUAGAAUAUGAACUUGAUUUACAUAAAUUUGAACUUAUUAUAACACUUGGACAAGGAUCAUUUGGUCGAGUUUUAUUAGUUGUAUUUGAACAAAAUAAAAUUGAAUAUGCUCUCAAAGUUUUAGAUAAAUCAAAAAUUGUUAAAUAUAAUCAAAUAAAACAUGUUCAAAAUGAAAUACGUAUUCUUAAUGCUAUUAGACAUCCGAAUAUUAUCAUAAUGCAUUGUUUAUUUAAAGAUAAUUCAUAUAUUUAUGUUCUUAUGGAAUAUGUUCGUGGUGGUGAUUUAUUUAGUUAUAUAAAUAAAUUAAAGGUAUUUCAAGAACAUAUAACAUUAUUUUUUGCUGCUCAAAUUGUUCUUCUUGCUGAUUUUGGUUUUGCUAAACAGAUUCAACAACGAACAUAUACACUUUGUGGUACACCGGAUUAUUUCAGUCCUGAAAUUCUUCAAUCCAAAGGUCAUGGUAAACCAACAGAUUGGUGGACUUUAGGAGCAAGAAUGCCUAUAUGA